AUGGAUCCAAAUCUCCAAUCCCUCCUAAAAUGGAGCGUCGAAAAUACCUCCACCUCCACAGCCACACCUCCCUCAGCAGACGGCAGUACCCCCUCCUCCCGGCCCAUCAACCCCGACGCGCUCAACGCCCUCUUCGGAGGCCCCAGCGACGCCGACCUCAUGAACCUCUCCAUGUCCGCGAUCCUCUCCACCGAUCCCGAAAUAAAGCUCGAAGACAAGCUCAUCGCCUUCGACAACUUCGAGCAGCUCAUUGAGAACCUCGACAACGCCAAUAACCUGUCCCCGCUAUCCCUCUGGGCGCCAUUACUGUCUUGCUUGAAGCACGAGGAGGCGGAGAUUAGGAAGAUGGCGGCGUGGUGUGUGGGAACCGCGGUGCAGAAUAAUGAGAAGAGUCAGGAGAAGCUGGUUGAGAUGGGGGAGACUGGUAUCCCGGAGUUGGUGAGGGUUGCGAGGAGGGAGGGCGAGGAGGAGAGUGUGAGGAGGAAGGCGUGUUAUGCGUUGAGUAGUGCGUGCAGGAAUUUUCAGCCAGCCAUGGAUCUUUUGACGACGGAGAUGGGAGGGGAGAAGGUGGAUGCGGCGGAUAUGGAUGAGGUUGAUGUGUUGAUUGGGGGUUUGAGGGAUGGGGCUAAGUCUGGUGGAAAGGCAUGA